GCUGAAAGUUAGUAUAUUAACAAAUAUAAAAAAUUGUCUGCGCAUGCUUCACUUUUUUUUGAGCUCCGUAUAACGGAUGUCAGCCACAACGGCCUCUCAGUUAAAUGUAAUAUUCCAAAUCGGUAUUCUCGGCUAAUUUCAAAUGAGGUGAUCCUCGUCCUAGAUCCUUACGAAUGAAUGAGUAAUAGUGACUUUAGAAACCAUGCAUAAACUAUUAAAGAUGUUGUUUUUCCUUGCCUUCGUUUGGAUUGCUAUUACAGCUGCCGAUGAAUGUAUUCCGCGUGACUUUGGAAAAGGCAGCAUCGUCUGCGUUUGCAACUCUACCUAUUGCGAUUCUACACCUGAAACUAGUUCAGAACCUGGAACCUUUCUUUGGUAUGUUUCAUCAAACGCUGGACAGAGGAUGGAGUUAACAACAGGAAAAAUAGGUCACACUGAAGAAGGAUCUACAAUAUUGACUUUAAAUCCCGAAAAACGAUACCAGGCGAUACAAGGUUUCGGUGGAGCCUUCACAGACUCUGCAGCAAUUAACAUUAAAAGUCUCAGUGAUGCUACUCAACAAAAAUUACUAGAAACUUAUUUCACGAGAGAAGGCAGCAGAUACAAUUUAGGUCGUAUUCCAAUUGGAGGAACCGACUUCUCCACAAGGUUCUACACCUAUGACGAUAUUGAGAAUGAUAUUCUCUUAAAAAAAUUCAGCCUCGCACCAGAAGAUACAGAUUACAAGAUUCCCCUGAUCCAGAGCGCUCUUCAAAUGAACCCGGAUCUGAGGUUCUUUUCAGCCGCUUGGACCGCACCAAUGUGGAUGAAAACCAACAACAAUAGUUUCGGGUUCGGCUUUCUGAAAAAGGAAUACUAUCAACUUUAUGCUGAUUAUCUACUAAGGUUUUUGGACGAAUAUAAGAAACAAGGCAUCGACAUGUGGGCAAUCUCCACUGGCAAUGAACCUUCCAACGCGUAUGUCCCAAUUGUAACUAUUAACAAUAUGGGUUGGACGGCGGGAACUGUUGCUACUUGGGUUGCCGAGAAUUUGGGUCCAUCUUUAGAUAAUUCUCAACACAACCAGACAUUAAUCCUUGGUCUCGAUGACCAGAGGUUUAAUCUUCCAUGGUUCAUUGAUCUAGUCUUCAGAAACAAAGUUGCUGAGAAGUAUAUCAGUGGUGUCGCCAUCCAUUGGUAUUGGGAUUCGCUUAUCCCGGCCGUUGUCCUGGAUAAGACUCAUAAUCACUUUCCCAAGAAGUUCUUGUUAAUGACUGAAGCUUGUGAAGGAUCUCUUCCCUGGCAGUUGCAAAAAGUCAUUUUAGGGAGCUGGGAGAGAGCAGAGAGUACAGCCCUAAAAAUGUUUGAGAAUAUGAAUCAUUGGGUAACUGGAUGGGUUGACUGGAACUUAGCUUUGGACAAAGUCGGCGGACCAAAUUGGAAUGAGAAUAACGUAGAUGCCCCAAUCAUUGUUGAUCCGGAGACUGAUGAGUUUUUUAAACAACCAAUGUAUUAUGCUAUCCACCACUUUAGCAGAUUUUUGCCUCGAGGAUCAGUUCGGCUCGAGCUCGAGGACAGCUCGAUAAUAUUCCGUUCGCUGACUUCUAUAGCCUUUGAAACACCGGAGAAUAAGACUGUGGUUUUAAUAUACAAUAGAAGUAGCAUAUCCAAGAAGGUUGAUAUAGUCGAUCCCAGAAAUGGAGUCAUCAACUUGGAAUUACCAGCGCUCUCUAUGAACACGAUUUUGUAUUGAUAAUAAAUGUAAGGAAUUAAGUUAAAUUUAAUUUUAUAUCAACAAAAUUAAGUAAAAGUUGAAUUCUCAAAACGAUGCUAACUUUUUAAACUGAAUAAAUCAUAAACUU